AUGCUGAAAUUCCAGGUGCACUCUCCGGGCAAAGUGAUACUGCAUGGCGAGCACGCCGUUGUCUACCAGAAGCCAGCGUUGGCCGCCGUGGUCGGUCUGGGCACCAAGCUGCAGCUGCGCAGUCAAGCGGGCAGCCAGGUGGCCAGUUUUCAGCUGGAGGCACUCAACUGCACCGUAGAAAUCGAGCUGAAUGAGUUCAAUGCAUUUGUGGCCAAUUUUCGGAACAAAUAUCCAAGCGAUAAGCUCGAGAGCACCGCCAAGCUAAUGGAAGAAGUGCGAGCCGAGGUGGCCAAGCAGCUGGAACGCACCAUGGGCACCACACCCAAACAGCACACACAGCGCGCUUUUCUGUCGAUUUAUUAUCUGCUCGCUGGCGCUGUGCUGUCGGCACCCGGUGAUCAGCGCACGUUGCAAACUGGUUUCCAGGUGCAAGUGGAGACGGAACUAAAUGUGGGCGCUGGCCUGGGCAGUUCGGCGUCAUAUGGAGCUGCACUGGCUGCCGCCUUUCUUAUCCUGGCCGGUCAUUUUGAUGAGAACAGCUAUUUGCAGGAGGAGAACUUGGCUCUGAUCUCGCAUUGGGCUUAUGAAUCGGAGCGAGUCAAUCAUGGCACCCCAUCUGGCGUGGAUAACACCGUUUGCACCUAUGGCGGCAUAUUGCGGUUCGUCAAGGGACAGGGUUUCCAGGCGCUGUGCAUACAGAAACCGCUGAGCAUUCUGCUGGUGGAUAGCCGGAUCAGUCGCAGCACGGCGGACAUUGUGGCCAAGGUGCGUCACCUCGGCGAGGAGUUUCCGCAGUUGAUCGAGGCCAUUUGGCAGGCGUGCGAGCAACUGGUCAACGCCGCUGUGCCGCUCUACGAGAGCUUCGGCAAUGCCCAAGAUGAUAGCCAAAAGUUUGAAAAACUCGAGCGUCUCUUUCAGAUCAACAACGAUCUGCUGAAGGCCAUUGGCGUCUCACAUCCCAAACUGGAGCAGAUCUUUACAAUUGCGUUUAAGCGCGGGUUUUUCUCCAAACUGACGGGAGCCGGUGCUGGUGGCUAUGCGAUUGUCUUACUGCCCGAAAACUACGAAUGCAAUGAGGUCUACUGGAAGCUCAAGGAGGAGCUGGAGGCAGCCGGUUUCGGUGUUCAUGUCACGACAGCCGGUGGCGUUGGUUUGCGUGUGAGCAGCUUGGACAAUUAAUGGGACACUUGUCUGUCUGCC